UGGAGGCGGAUACCAGUCCACCUGACCCUGUGGUGGAUUCCUAAAUGAAGAUGCUGGAUGCCCAGUCUCGUCGCUUGUAUUUGCUACUUUUAGCGUUCGGGUUUCACCUCGGAGGAGCGGCAGAGGUGUCAGUAUGGAGCGUAAAUAUAAACUCGACAAAGUAUGCCGUGUUUCGGAAGACGCUGUACGCCAACACCACCAUCUUUAUGAGGUUUCUAAAUGACACAGGCUCAUGUGACCGAAAUCUGGCAUUUAACAUCAGCUGGUACCUGCGCUCGUCCGUUUGCUAUAACGAGGUCUUUAACACACCGGACAACAAAGCGAUGAACAUGUUCGGCAUGGACCACAUGCUGAAGGAUGGCUGGAGUGGCUUCUACAGCCAGGGCUACAUGUACUUUGAGAACUGCUCCUCCCUCUUUGUCCCCAAGGUUUAUUUCCCAGAAUUCAACCCGUAUCAGCCCCUCUCCAGUCCAAAGAGUGACCCAUCAAAUCAGACCCUUACUUGGCCCGACAAGCCGGAUAUCAGUGCCGUGGCUAAAGCGUGGGAAAACGGUCCCUACCUGUUCAUAGUCAAGGUGUUGUUCCGGGGAGUUGAGGACGAAGACGUCAGUCCUGAGCAGCUCAGCUUUUCUUUCACAAUGAGUGUGGAGAUGAAAGGACCACAUGACUAUUCCUCCCCGGCAGACUGGCCCCUGAUGAUCUUCUUCAUGGUGAUGUGCAUUGUGUACGUGUUGUUCGGGGCGCUCUGGCUCUUCUGGUGCGCCUGCUACUGGAGGGAUCUGCUACGGAUCCAGUUCUGGAUCGGCGCCGUCAUCAUCCUCGGCAUGCUGGAGAAGGCGGUCUUCUACUCCGAAUACCAGAGCAUCCGUUACAAAGGAGACUAUGUUCUAGGUGCUGUGAUCUUCGCUGAGCUGCUCUCCGCGCUCAAAAGAUCUCUGGCUCGUAUCCUGGUGCUCAUAGUCAGCCUGGGUUAUGGUAUAGUCAAACCUCGGCUGGGUACCACGGUGCAUCGUCUGGUAGCCGUUGGGCUUCUCUACCUCCUUUUCUCCUCAGUGGACGGCGUAUUGAGAGUGACCGGUGGUUUCUAUGGAACAGUGGCCCUCGUGGCUAAUCUUAGCCUCUCUCUCAUCGACUCCUGUGUCAUGUGGUGGAUUUUCAUCAGUUUGUCACAAACCACUCGACUCCUGAAGCUCCGCAGAAAUGUUGUGAAGCUGUCUUUAUAUCAGCACUUUACCAACACGCUCAUCUUCUUCGUUGUCGUUUCGAUCAUAUUUAUCAUCUGGACCACCAAGGUGUUCAGGCUGGUCGACUGUCAGCGGAGCUGGCGGGACCUGUGGGUGGACGACGCCUUCUGGCGUCUCCUGUUCUCCACUAUGCUGCUGGUCAUCAUGGUGCUGCUGAGACCUUCAGCUAACAGCCAGAGGUUCUCUCAUUCCCCUCUUAUUGAUGAAGAUGAUGAAGAAGAUGAAGCAAAAGAACCAAUGAUUAAUGAAGCUUUCGAGGGAAUGAAGAUGAGGGGCUCGAAGCCAGAUGCUAACGGCUCCCAGAAACUCCUGAGCAAAGAGGAUGAGGACCUGAAGUGGGUGGAAGAGAACAUCCCUACCUCCGUUGCUGACGUAGCUCUCCCUGUUAUGCUGGAUGAGGAAGAGGAGAUUCUGAAAACUAAGAUGGAAAGAUCUAAAAUGGAGUAGAGCAAAAUCCCCAAGAAGACACUUUAAGGGGAAGAAAAGAAGUUCCACUGAGGCAGCAAUGAAUGGGAACUAAAAAGUUUGAUCCGCCUCUUGCUUUGUGGAGGAAAACUAACACGUUUAUAUAGCAGAACAUUCUCCUUAAUAUCUCAUUGGUUUCACCUCCGUGUCUUCGAACCCAAAGAAUUAACCCAUAACCAUGGCGAUUGCAUUGAUAUGUAUGUCGCUGAGGAUAAUCUCCAUGGCCUCCUCCUCACUGAUGGAGUUAGUCUACUUUUAGAACAUGCAGCAUUAUGGACGUCUCGUGUAGCGCUGAGAACAGGGGGGGUAUUGUUGUUGAGAGGUGGCUCUAGUUAACAGAGUUCCAACACUUUAACAUUGUGCGCCGCACUUAUCUGAAUAAAGUAUGUGUUUAAUAAUUGAUCACAAGAGCCUGUUUCAUAUUAGAUUAGGAAUUCACUUAGAUCUGUUAAACAAAAUUCGAUUUUUUUAUCUAUGUGAAGAAUGUGCUGCCCUGUUUUUUUUUCUGGUGUGAAGGUGAACCCCUUUGACCUUUUUAACUAUUUGCUCACAUAACAGCCAAACACUUUCACUCUAUUUAGCUUGAAUUUUAUACAACAAACAAAAAUGAUGAUUAACUAAUCAGAUUGUUUCCAUUUUUAUUUUACAGUAAGUGGAUAAUUAUAGCAUGUUUUUGUUUUUUUUUUAACCUAGAUACAAGUCUUUUUGGGUACAUCUCUACUGGCUUUUCUCUCCUAGAGAAAGUCCUGCUAAACAUCCGUCAGAUUUGUCAGAGAGUUGUGAACAUAAACUUUAAAGUUAGGCCUGGACUUUGACUACUUCAUUCCAACAGAUGGAUAUGCACUUCAAAAACUGAAAUAUAAGUCUCAGUUUCUUAAAAUAAGUUAAUUUUCUCUUGUUUUGAGCAUGCCAGUAAGACAUUUUGCCAAUGGAAAGAGAUGAUUUAUGAUUAAAAUAAGAAAAAAGGUUUCUUAGUUCAGGUGUAAAAUAUGUUAUUAAACUACAAACUACUUUUUCUAUUGGCACAUUACCUCAUAUACCUGCUCACAUUUAGGUAAAAUACGCUUAUUUUAAGAACAUUUUAUGCAUUUUUAUAUCAGUUUUUGUAGUGUGCCUCAAUCUAAAUCCUUCCCCUGGAGUUCUUAAAGUUUUAUUCCUGCAGGAAGGUGAAGCUAUUUUUGUCACUUCAGCUGCCUCCAUCUACCCAGUUAUCCCUGAGCAGUUUCCUAGUUACUGCUGGAGUAAAGCAUUAUUCUCCCUACACCAUAUUUUUAGUUUUAUGGUGGCACUCUGUGUUAAUUGUUGAUCAUACAUAACUUCAUCAUUUUGGCCAAACAAACUUGAUAAUUGCUCUCAUCUGACCAGAGCAGGUUUGCUCCAUCCCCUCAGUGAACAUACUGUCUUUUUGAACUCUGGCUUUCCUCUUUGUCCUAAAGGUUACUUUUAUGGAUCGUUGUGACUAAUUGUCCUGCUGACCUGAGACGUGAAUCAGUUACCCGUUGCCUUUUAGCUCCUCUGAUUCAUCCUCUCCUUGCUCACACUGUCAGUUUUGACAGGCAGCCAUUUCAAAUAAUUUUCUUUCUGUUUUUAGGGUAUGGAUUGAAUAUUGCUCAGAGCUUGGGGUGACAUUUUAUAACCUAACCGUGCUUUUAACAUCUCCACAGCUGACCUGACUCUUGUGUCCCUCGGUCAUCAUGAUGCUGUUUGUUCACUGAGGCCUUCAUAGAACAGAAUGAGAUCAGAGUGGAUUCUAUUUAUUCUUUGAUUUCUGAUGACUCCUGGUGGAACUGGAUUUAAUUUAUAGGUAUAAGAGUAGAGGGAGCUAAACUCAGAUGCAUGCCUCACUUAGAAAUGUAUAUGUUCAAGGCACUCUAUCAAAACGGUGUAAAUUUUCUCUAAGGUUAUGUUUAUACGUAUAAGCUCACCGAGCUGUUAUUUUCCUCUAUUGCUACGUAAAAGGAGAUAUUUCUGUUCUGUUAAUAAAUACUGAAAAUAAAUAACCAGAAAUAAAGAGCACACAUGUGAAAAGAUGCAUAUUUUUCUUUUAUUAAAGGUUAAAUUCUGCUGCUGUUUCAACCAGAUUCAAUAUUACAUCUGGUAUUAUUCUGUCUAAUGUUGAUGUGGUGUAGGGCAAAAAAGUAUGAUUCACGUGAUUUGAUAGCAUGUAUGCUAAAAAUCUCAUUGCACUAAUUAGAUAAAUCAUCCAACGCCACAUCAAAACUGAAUAUUAUAACAAAUUCAUUGGUUACAAUUAAGUCUUUCAAGGCUUUUUUCUAUCACUCAGUAUUUUCUUUCUUGCUUCACUUAGUUGUCUGAAUGCUCCUUUCAUUAAUGAAAAUAUAUGUAGAUAGAUAAAAAUCCUUGAGUUCUCUUUUUAUAUGGAUCUAAAUAUAGUUCUGUCUUUUUUUGUAGAGAAACUUUUGAUGUUCUUUAAGGAUUUUAAUCUGUUGUGAAGCUUUUUGCACAUG